AUGUCAAUCCCAACCGAUGUGGUAACUCCUCCACCACAAUCGUCUUCACCACCAAAGAACCCUUUCCAUCCGGCUCUCCCCGUAACCAACAUCAAGAACCACAUCCUUAUUGUUCUUGAGAUGGAAAACGUUCAAUUUGGUACGUGGGUUGAACUUUUCAAAAUCCAUGCUCGAUCUCAUAAGGUUCUUCAUCACAUCAUUCCUCCAGCACCAGGCAAGGAAAAGAAGACACCUGAAACCGAUGAUGAGCAGGGGUUGUGGGCGACUCUUGAUGCAACAGCUCUACAGUGGAUUUAUUCCACUAUCUCCGGCGAUCUUUUGGCUACCAUCAUUGAACCAGAAUCCACUGCCAUGGAGGCUUGGAAUCGAUUGACCAACAUCUUCCAGGACAAUGAAAACGCUCGUGCAGUCACUCUCGAGCAGGAGUUUUCAUCCGUUCGCAUGGAAGAUUUUCCCACCGCUUCCGCUUACUGUCAGUGA